GGAUGACAGUCUGAUCGCAGCCGCUCAACAGGAAAGAAGAAGAAGAAGAAGACCGGACCAUGUACAAGGUUGGAGGGGUCGCAGGAGUCUCUGGCACUCUAGGAUUGAUAUCAGCCUCUGUGCUGGCGGCCGCCACCUCUGCUGAUGACGACAAACCAACACAACACAACACAAGUCUGAGUGUAGAUGAGUUGUCUCUCUACACGACACCGCAGCAGAAGUUCCAGUAUGUGGAGCCUGAGAGAGGACAGGUGGAGGAGAGCGUGGCCACGCUGAGAAAACUGGCAGAGCCGUAUACCACCUGGUGCCAGCAAACGGCCAGCUCGGCCAAACAGACAGCGCAGGGCGUCUAUGGGACGGUGAAACCCAAGGUUGAAAGCACUGUACAGUUCGGACAAAACAGUUAUGCCUACUUGAAGAACCCUCCACCUGAGUUUUACCCCAGAGCUGGAGUCAUCGGAGUUGCCGGGAUCCUGGGCCUUUUUCUUGGAAGAGGCUCCAGGCUGAAGAAACUGAUCUACCCGACUAGUCUGAUGGCUAUUGCUGCAUCCAUGUAUUAUCCUCAAGAGGCCGUGACUGUCGCAAAGAACACAGGAGACACUGUAUACGACUGGGCGCUUCAGGCUUAUGUUGCUGUGGAGAAACUCGUCAAAGACAAACCUGCCUCAAAGAAAGAUCAAGCAGAAAAGAGUUCCAGCGGGGAGACCAAAGCUUAGGUAUCAAACAUCAUAAACAGCACAGGAAAUACAACACAGGUACAUCAUCGCCUCUCAGGUUGUUUCUCUGAAGGUUGCAAUGUGGGAUCUCCAUCCUUUGCUCACUUUUAAGACCUGCGUUUUGCACUAGCCACUUCCUCUUUCAUCUGUCAAUCAUCAGGCAGGAGUUAGUGGUCUGAAUCGAACGUUCUGAACUUGAAAACAAACUACUGGGAUUGUAUUAAAAAUACAUUGGUGUACCAAAAUAAAUGUGAUGGAGGUGUGAUUUCUGACUGUUAUUUGCAUUUGCAUAUUGCAUAUGCAUAUGUACUGUAUAGUCUACAAGGUUAGGUGGAAACCUUAACCUAAUUUGGGGUUUAGUUUGUCAGCACUGUUUGUCGGUCUGAACUUCCUUUUCCUGUGCAAACGCUAAAAAAAUGCCAACUGCAGCAGUUAAACAACCUCUGAACUAGUCUAAUCUAGAUUUAGACGCCUGCUUGUUUCCAAACAGCAGCACAUGAUUAAAACACUUCCUCAAAGAUGA